AUGCGCACCGGCUCCUGUACUCUUAUCAUUGCUGCAAUUCUUCAGUUAUUGCUGCUGACCAACGCAGAAGAGACAAAGAAGAAUGAAACUCGGCAACUGUCGUUAAGAGCAAAACGACAAUUCUGCUGCCCAGCGACAUGUGUUUGUGUCCGACCAUGCGUUUGCUCCAACCAACAAUCGGUUGUUCAACCACAGCCAACUGUUCAAUAUCAGCCGACCUAUCAGCCAACCUAUCAGCCAACCUAUCAACCGACAAUGCAGUACCAACCAACUUAUCAACCUCCAGUGCAAUAUCAGCCACAACAAGAGUUCCCGGUUCAACAGCCGGCUCAGCAACGAACAGCUUCUGCUACAGUAGUUUGUCUACAAAUCUGUAUGCCAACAUGCAGUCCACAAUGUAUUCAAGAGCAACAAGUGCUGCAACAACCCGUUUACCAAACCACGCAAGCUCCAAUCUAUUAUCAGCCAACGCAGUACCAAACAACACCACAACCGAUUUAUCAAUCUACUGCACAGCCGAUGAUUUACCAAACUCCCCAAUAUCAGCCAAUUGCACAGGAAUCGUCAGGCUCUGCUACAUGUAUUGCAAUUUGUAUGCCAUCGUGUGAAGCCUCAUGCAUCAAUCAGUAUCAACAACCACAAGCUCAAGUUUCACCAGCCCCGGUUCUCCAGCAACCUAUCUAUCAAGAACCCGUCGCUGUAGUUCAACCAGCCAUUUCACAAACCCCUGUUCCAGUGGUACAGCAGCAACCUAUCUAUCAGGAGCCUAUUCCGGUAGUUCAACAACCUGUCUCACAAGCGCCUAUUCCAGUCGUUCAGCAGCAACCUGUAUAUCAGACGCAACAAACAAGUGGUUCUUCUGGCGCAUUUGCAGUAUGCAUUGCAAUUUGUAUGCCGUCUUGUGACUCACAAUGCAUCCAGCAACAGCAAGCUCAAUAUUCUCCCCAAUAUCUACCUCCAGUAGCAACAACUCAAUUUAUUCCAACCACAACAGUGCCUACAACUGUCGCUGCAGCUCAGGGUUCUAUUCAGGCAGUAUGUAUUGGAAUUUGUAUGCCAACGUGCAGUCAACAGUGCAUCCAACAACAAGUAUCAUCACAGGGAUCGCAAUAUCAACCGGUAUACACUUCAACUCCAGUAUAUCAACCAGUGUACACCCAGCCCCUUAUUACGCAAACUGUAGCUCCGAUUCUGCAACAACAACCCGUACAACAGUCCCAAUCAACUAGCUGCAUCUCAAUUUGCAUGCCAUCCUGUUCAGCACCAUGCAUCCAGCAGUAUCGCCAGUACAACGAUAGGAUGCGCUCGAUCCAGGAUCCCGUCAGAAUUAGCAUUCCACAGGCAAUGCAACGAUCGCCGAACUGCUUGAGUGCUUGCCAAGAAACUUGUGUUUCGCAGUGUACCGCACAGGAUCAACCAAUCACCCAGUGCACACCUUCCUGUGCUUUUUCAUGCGGCCAAACUUGCAGACUACGAAAACGAAAUCUGAGGACAAAGCGUGCUUAA